ACUCACACUUCCUCCAUUAGUCCAAUUUCCCUCUACUCUUCUUCACUCACUCUCUCUCUUUCUCUCUCUCUCUCUCCUUCAAUUCGUUACCCAAAUCCCCACCUUUUACGAGAAAAAUAUUUCCUUGAUCCUCCAAUGGGGACACACCCCGUGGUGCACCAUAAAUACCCUUUAAUCCUACCUCUCUCUCUUGCUUUCUUCCCUUCACUCUCUCUCCUCUUUCCCGCCAACCUCACUCUAUAACAACAUUUCUCUCUCUUCCUUACCCCUGGAAUAACCACCCUAGCAAAUUACUACCAUCAUCUUAUUUUUUCUUCAUCAUCCACCACUCUAUUUGUCACUUGCUUUCAUGCAAUUAACACUUCUACCACCUUUUUUCAUUUUCUCACUCUCUUCACUAAAAUGAGUGACACACACCAACCUUUCAUGUCCGUACAACCACCCAUGAAGCUCCACAACCACCCAUUUAACCCACAAGCCUCAAGCUCAAAUUUUGACGGCGACCCACCAUGCAAAACCGCCGGAAAAACAAAACCACCUCACAAGAAGCUCCUCCGGGUCAUUCUCACCGACCACGACGCCACCGAUUCUGACUCCUCCGGCGACGACGAAGACCCAAAAAACACAAGAAAACACAAAAAGGUGAAAAGACAAAUUACCCACAUCACCAUAAACCUUCCCUUUUUCUCAAAAUCCCCAACUCCAACAUCAACACCUUCUUCUUCUUCGCUUGACCCGACCCGUUCGACCCGACCCAAGAAACGACUCGGCGUCCCUCGCCGCCGGAACAAGUUCCGCGGCGUCCGGCAGCGACCGUGGGGACGGUGGACGGCAGAAAUCCGUGACCCGACUCAGAGAAAACGGGUCUGGCUCGGAACCUUCGACACGGCGGAGGAAGCCGCCGCCGUGUACGACGAGGCCGCGGUGAAGCUCAAGGGCCCUAACGCCGUCACCAACUUCCCCCUCUCCGCCGCCGAAAACACGGAACAUGAUACCCCUCCGCCGGAGACGGUGUUCUCCGGCGAAGGUCUUUCAUCUCCGACGUCCGUUCUCACUUACUGCGACGGAGACUCGACGCCGUUCGACGGUUUUCGUUACGGCGAGGUCGACGCGUUCGGGUUUGAGUUUGACAUCGACGCGCCGUUUAGUUUAACGGCCGUUAACUUAGGGGUGCUGAGUCAGCGGUUCGGGAAGGAAGAGUUUGGCGAGUUUGACCCGAACGAGUUCUUGACGUGGCCGAGUUAAGGGGCUUCUUUGUCAUUUCGCGAAAUAUCCAGGGACUGGUUUAGUAAUUCUACUAAAGUUCUUUUUGUCGUAUUGUUUUGUCCUACGUGGAAUUCCAAAACUACCCUCGUGACUAAAGAGUUUUUGUGCAGCUUAGAAGAGUGUUAGAGUGCUAGAGAGCAAUAGAGUGAGAACAAUUUCGUAAUGGAAGUGGAAGAGAAUUUUGUCCUAUGUUAAUUUGUGUAAUUAAGCCUUAAUUGUAUUGUUAUGGAGAAAGAGGAUAUGAUGGAAAGUAUUAGAAGGAUUCUAUUGUAGUUUCUUAUAUAAUUUUAUAAAGUAAAAAUGUUAGUAUUAAUUAAAAUUUAGAUUAUUAUAUUGUGACCA